AGAGGCACAGCUGGGGUGGGGCAGGGCCAGAGAGAGGCCUCCCGACCCCCACUCCAGCUGUCUCCUCCUGACCCUGGCUGGCCCCUGGGGCUGGGGCCACAGAGGGCUGACUGCCAGUACCACGGGCCUCCCCUCCCUUGUGUGUUGCAGAAUGUGGGCUGUGACUUCGAGAUUGACUCCGGUGCCAUGGAGGACCGCUGUGGCGUGUGCCACGGCAAUGGCUCCACCUGCCACACCGUGAGCGAGACCUUCGUGGAGGCCGAGGGCCUGGGGUAUGUGGAUGUGGGUCUGAUCCCAGCUGGCGCACGUGAGAGCCACAUCCAGGAGGCGGCGGAGGCUGCUAACUUCCUGGCACUGCAGAGCGAGGACCCGAAGAAGUACUUCCUCAACGGCGGCUGGACCAUCCAGUGGGAUGGGGACUACCAGGUGGCAGGGACCACCUUUGCAUACGCAUGCAGGGGCAACUGGGAGAACCUCACGUCCCCAGGUCCCACCAACGAGCCUGUCUGGAUUCAGGUGCGUGCUUCCCAAGGCCCAGGAGCGGGGAGCAGAGGUGGAGACCCCAGGCCCAUGGCAGGGUCUCAUCCUGGAGGAGUGAGCGCUGGGGCAGUCACAGAGCCUGGUUCUCAGCCAGGCCCUCCUGCUCUGCUGUUCCAGGACAGCAACCCUGGGGUGCGCUAUGAGUACACCAUCCACAGGGAGGCAGAUGGCCAUGGCGAGGUCCCACCGCCCGAGUUGUCCUGGCACUACGGACCCUGGACCAAGUGCACGGUCACCUGUGUGCAGAGGCAGAGUGUGUACUGCUCGGAGUGGCAGGCAGGGCCUGUGGACGAGGGGCAUUGUGACCCCCUGGGCCAGCCUGAUGACCGCCAGAGGAAAUGCAGUGAGCAGCCCUGCCCUGCCAGUGUGGAGCUGGAUGAGCAGAGCGCCCUGGAGCCGCCCGCCUGUGAACACCUUCCCCCGCCCCAGACUGAAACCCAGUGCAACCGCCAC